AUGAGGGAGGUAGAAGAAGUUAGCAAAUGGAGACGCCGUUGCUGCUACUUCUGGAUCCUAUUCCCGUUGGCUGUGAUUGCAACAUGCAUGACAAUCACAGUAGUCACCUUCUGCUCCUCUACGAUGUACAUGACAGAGGUGAUGGGUGAGGCCACCAAGGGCGCCAUGGAUUCGGCUUUGAUGCACAUCGCCGGCAACAUGCGACCUCUUCUUGAAGCAAAUCGCUCAGUUUUCACCAUUGCCAACACCUUGCAUGUUCAGGGCAACAUGGCUUCCUUUUCUCAUGUGGGACCCAAGCUGUUCUUGGCCUUCUCCAUGCAGCCGCUGCAAGCUCAAAUCUCCUACGCCGCCGUCGAUGGCGCCGCCUUCGCCUACUACCGCGCCGGCGGCGGCGACGGCGAGGCGAGAGGUUUCAGGGUGGUGCUCCGGAAGAGCGCGAUGGUGGGCGUGUUCCGGCGGGGCGGCGUGACGAUGGUGGCGGUGGCGUGCGCGGCGGCGGCGGCGGCGACGGUGGCGUGCGUGCUGAUGGCGCGGGCGCUGCGGCGGGCGGUGGCGAGGGAGGCGGCGCUGGGCGCCGACCUCGCGAGGCACAGGGACGCGCUCCGGCAGGCGGAGCGCAAGAGCAUGAACAAGAGCAACGCCUUCGCCAGCGCCAGCCACGACAUCCGCUCCGCGCUCGCCGCCGUCGCCGGGCUCGUCGAGGUGUCGCGCCCCGAGGCCAACCCCAACAUCGUCGACAACCUCAACCAGAUGGAGCUCUGCACCAACAAGCUGCUUGAUAUACUGAACUCAAUACUAGACACAACUAAGGUGGAAUCAGGGAAGGUGCAGCUGGAGGAAGUGGAGUUCAACAUGGCAGACGUUUUGGAAGAAUCCGUGGACAUGGCGAAUGUUGUCGGCAUCACCAAAGGGAUCGAAGUGAUCUGGGAUCCCUGCGAUUUCUCUGUCAUGAAAUGCGACAACAUCAUCGGUGAUAGUAAGAGAUUCAAGCAGAUCCUUGACAACCUUCUUGGCAAUGCCAUGAAAUUCACACAAGAAGGUCAUGUAAUUCUCCGGGCUUGGGCCAAUAGGCCGAUUGCGAGGGGUUCAAUCGGUGCUCCUUCGAGAUUUGCUUAUCGAAGCCUCGAGAACAAUUUCUUCAGCUUCUUCUUUGGAGCAAAGGAAGACAGAGUCUCGCAGAAUUCUUUCAAUCCUUUGCAGAAUGAUCCCAACUCGGUUGAGUUUUACUUUGAGGUAGUUGAUACUGGCAUUGGGAUCCCCAAGGAGAAGAGAGAGUCUGUGUUUGAGAACUAUGUUCAGGUGAAAGAAGGGCAUGGAGGCACUGGUCUUGGACUUGGAAUCGUGCAAUCCUUUGUUCGUCUGAUGGGAGGAGAGAUAAGUAUCAAAGAAAAGGAACCAGGGGAGAGAGGAACAUGCUUUGGGUUCAAUGUUCUUCUGAAGACUAGUGGAAACCAAGCAGCUGAAGAAGAUAUAGAGGAAGGGCCAUCAACAGUGAGUGAAUUAGACAUCCGAGCCUCAGUGUUCAGGGAGACUAACUGCUUCAAGGGUUGGCAUUGCAUCCUCUUUGUUCAUGGUGAUGAGACCAGAAGAGUCUUGCAAGCUUGGAUGGAGAGCAUUGGGAUGAAAGUUUGGAUGGUCCCAGGAGUUGAGUCCAUCUCUUCUACAUUGGAGAAGGCGCGAUCCUCCCGCGAUGAUUGUGAUGUCGAUCGAUGCUUCAGCUCCAAGGAGAUGGUCAGCCAGGUUCUUCCAACUACAUUGAGGAACAAUAAUAUCAUGGCACGCAAUCUUGGAGAGCAUCAUCCACUUGGCAUGCUUCUCAUUGUUGAUGUGUCAAAUGGGCAGCUUGAGAAUAUUCAGAGACAGGCAAGAGAUUUUACCCAAAUGAGGAGUCAAGUUCCAUGCAAAUUUGUCUGCUUGACUGAUCUGAGGACCUCUUAUAAAGAUUUUAGAAGGUUUGAGGAGAUGAGCUGCGAUCUCAUCUUGCGAAAACCGGUGCACGGGUCUCGGUUGUACUCUCUUCUUAUGACUCUAAGAGAUGUCCAGUCCUCGCCUAUGCACAGAUCAUCUCUUGUUGGCCAUGAGAAUUAUGUCACUAGGCAUCAAGAUUCUGCAAAUAUUGUUGCAUUAGCUGAAGUUGGACGCUUGGAUCAGGGGCUAAAAACUGAAGAAGAUAGGCCAUUGGAUGGCAUGCAUGUGUUGCUGGUUGAAGACACUUUGGUGCUACAAACUAUUCAGAGAAAGAUGUUGAACCAACUAGGAGCAAUAGUUGAAUUGGCAGGGGAUGGAGCUAAGGCUGUGGAUAUGUUCAGAGAUGCUAUUGAGAGAGCAAGUGUUUCAGAAGAGCAUAGUGUACCCUUGCCCUAUGAUGUCAUCUUCAUGGAUUGCCAGAUGCCGCGAAUGGAUGGCUAUGAAGCAACUAGGCGCAUCCGCGAGGAAGAAAGCCGCUACGGAAUUCGCACUCCGAUCAUUGCAUUGACUGCUCAUUCUAUGGAGGAUGAUCUUCAGAAGGCUAUUGAUGUUGGGAUGGAUCUACACAUGACAAAGCCGAUAGAGAGGAGAAGAAUAGUAGAAGCUGUUCAUGGUGUCUGCAAAGGCAAAAACUGAUUGAUGUUUACACAACACCUCGUAUCGCGAAGGACUCAAAGAAGAUGUGAUUC